AUGCAUACCGGGCAGACUGGUGUCGCAGCGUGCCCGAACCGGUAUCUGGCCGAUCUUGGAAGUCUGGCUGGUCUUGAAAGUCUGGCUGGUCUUAGACACCUGGCUGGUCUUGAAACUCUGGCCGGUCCUGAAAGUCUGGCCGUUCUUGGAAGUCUGGCCGGUCUUGAAAGACUGGCCGAUCCUGAAUGUCUGGUCGGUUUUGGAAGUCUGACCGGUCUUGGAAGCCUGGCUGGUCUUGAAACUCUGGCCGGUCCUGAAAGUCUGGUCGUUCUUGGAAGUCUGGUCGAUCUUGAAAGUCUGGCUGGUCUUGAAAGUCUGGCUGGUCUUGGAAACCUGGCUGGUCUUGAAACUCUGGCCGGUCCUGAAAGUCUGGCCGUUCUUGGAAGUCUGGCCGGUCUUGAAAGUCCGGCUGGUCUUGGAAGUCUGGCUGGUCUUGAAAGUCUGGCUGGUCUUGGAAACCUGGCUGGUCUUGAAACUCUGGCCGGUCCUGAAAGUCUGGCCGUUCUUGGAAGUCUGGCCGGUCUUGAAAGUCUGGCCGAUCCUGAAUGUCUGGUCGGUUUUGGAAGUCUGGCCGGUCUUAGAAGCCUGGCUGGUCUAGGAAGUCUGGCUGGUCUUGAAAGUCUGGCUGGUCUUGAAAGUCUGGCUGGUCUUGAAAGUCCGGCUGGUCUUGGAAGUCUGGCUGGUCUUGAAGGUUUGGCCGGUAUUGAAAGUCUGGCCUGUAUUGAAAGUCUGGCCGCUGAUGAGAGUCUGGCUGGUGUUGAAAAUCUGGACCGCCUUGAAAAUCUGGCCGGUCUUGGAAGUCUGGUCGGUCUUGAAGAUCUGGCCGGUCUUGGAAGUAUGGCCGGUCUUGGAAGUAUGGCCGAUCUUGGAAGUCUGGCUGGUCUUGGAAGUCUGGUUGGUCUUGGAAGCCUGGCUGGUCUUGAAACUCUGGCCGGUCCUGAAAGUCUGGCCGUUCUUGGAAGUCUGGCCGGUCUUGAAAGUCUGGCCGAUCCUGAAUGUCUGGUCGGUUUUGGAAGUCUGGCUGGUCUAGGAAGCCUGGCUGGUCUUGAAACUCUGGCCGGUCCUGAAAGUCUGGCCGUUCUUGGAAGUCUGGUCGAUCUUGAAAGUCUGGCUGGUCUAGGAAGUCUGGCUGGUCUUGAAAAUCUGGCCGGUCUUGGAAGACUGGCCGGUCCUGGAAAUCUGGCCGGUCUUGAAAGUCGGGUCGGCGUUGAAAGUCUGACCGGAAUUGAAAAUCUGGACCGUCUUGAAAGUCUAGUGCCGAUCUUAAAAGAGUCUGAUCUGGCCGUUCUUGGAAAUCUGGCUGGUCUUGGAAGUCUGGCUGGUCUUGAAAGUCUGGCCGAUCCUGAAAGUCUGGUCGGUGUUGAAAGUCUGACCGAAAUUGAAAAUCUGGACCAUCUUGAAAGUCUAGUGCCGAUCUUAAAAGAGUCUGGCCAGUCUUGA